AUGGAAACUGACCCAGGGGGGUCAGGAAAUGGCGCUUCCACCAUGGCAAUGGAGAUGAAGUCGAAGGAGCAGACCAUAGAGAAGUUGAGAGCCGAAUUGGAGAUGGUUCGACAGGAGCUGUCAAAAAAGGAUGAUGAUAAGAAGACCAAUGAAAGAUUGAUGAUGAUCAUCGAAGCCCAGCAGCGGACAAUUACCGACCUAACAGUUAAAUUAGACCUCCUACUGAAAACCCAGGUUAAGCCCCGUAAAACGCGACGAAACAAGACCAACACUACAGGCCUUCCUCCUCUCCCUCCACCAAAAUCGCAGUCUGAAACGUCUCAUUCAACUGCAAGCGACUCGAAUAAACAGCCUGUGCCUAAUCUAUCGGUUACUUCCACGCCUUCGACAUCUCAGGUACCAGAAGACACGACUGCACAGCCUCCACGCAAGGUACGUGUUACCCCCAUCGUUCUUCGCGAUGCUUCGAGAUGGCGAGGCGUAAAUCACGAGUUUAUUUCUUUGGGCAUCAAAUUCGAACGCGCGGUUGCCGUCGAUGCAGGAAUCAGGAUAAUUCCCAAGUCCGAGGAUAAUUACCGCAGCAUUAUUCGUCUCUUCAGGGAGGAAGAGGUGCCCCACCACACUUUCCCUCAACCCUCCGAGAGGAACUUCAUGCUGUAA